CUUCCUGGUUUGUGUGUACAGCUCAUCUCUCACUCUCACUCUCACUCUUCUUCCUUCUCCCACUGUGAUCAUUGUUAUCAGAAUCUUUCCUCUGCCAAAUCAAAACUCCAUUUCCCCAAUUAUUAUUUCGUUCCUCCUUCGUUUCACUCUAUUUUCCCCUUUCUAGACCUUCUUCUUCCCCUCCCAUGGCGUUUUCCUCUUGAUUUCCCAUAUGGGUCUCUUCUUCUUCCUCUCUACAAUGCCCAUUUCAAGGAUUUUUCUGUUUCUCGCCUUUUUUCCUCUGUUUCUCUCAUCCCUCUCCGCCGCCGUCUCCGACGCUGACCGGAGCUUACUCCUCCGAUACCACCGCCACCACCGCCACCUCCUGCACCAACCCUUUUUCCCUUGGACUUCUUUACCUCCAUCUCAAGCUCCAUCUUCUCUUUCUCCCUUGCCUCAACCACAGCACCAACAGCCAAAACUCCCCUUUUCCUCUACUUCAUUUUCCUCUCCCCCUAAACCCUUUUUUCCAUCCUACCCUUCGUCGCCGCCACCGCCUCCCUCGCCUCCUACGACGGCGCUUCCUACAUUUCCGGCAAACAUUUCUGCGCUUCUCUUCCCUCAGCCUACUUCUUCUUCCCAACACCUCCACCGCCAUGUCUUCGCCAUUGUCAUCUCUGUUUCUCUUGUCUUCUCUGUUCUUGUUUUUCUCGUUGCUUUGUUUUUCUACUUUCGGAAGCGGAACCGACAAGUUUCUGCUACUGAUAAAGCCUCGAGAACUGAUAAUCUCCGGCUGUACCCGCCGGAUAUUGACACUUCUGAUGGAGUUCACAAGCACAGAACCUCCUCCACUACCAGCUCCAAAUUUCUUUAUCUUGGGACUUUGGCUACUUCCCGAGAGAUUGAUGAGGAGGCCGCCGGAACUGUGGAGGAUGGUGGUGGUGGUAUCGUGGAGUCUGUUUCUCCGGUGAAAAUGGGGUCUCCGGAGCUGAAGCCCCUUCCACCGCUUCCUCGCCGGAAUUUCGCCGAAGAUUAUCGGAGGAAUGUUGAUGGUAAUGAUAACGAUGAUGACGACGAGGAUCACGACGAUGAAGAGUUCUUUUCCCCAAGAGGGUCUUCUGUCGGCGGGAAGGAGAAUAUGGGGAGUAAUAGAAGAUUGAGCCCUUUGAAGUUGUUUCAUAAUGUGGAAACUGAAAAUUUCUUGAGGAAAAGCUAUAAUUCCAGUUUGAAUUCUGGUUCUCCCUCUGUUUCUCUUCCCAAUAGUCCUUCUCCGCCAUUGAUGUUGAGCCCCACGAGCUUGAGAUCGAAGUCGCCUGACUCCAUUAUCAGAUUCCCCGUUCCUUUACGGCCAUUGCCAACGCUUCCGAUACCGCCAUCACCGUCAUUGUCCUCUGCUUCUUCACCACUGGGAGGUUCGGGAAACACUAAAAACUCGCCAUCGAGAGAUUCCGAUUUGUCGGAGCUGCCUCGCCAGUUUUCUAAUGGAUUUAGGAUGGAUUACCAGCAACCAUUACCGGUGAAAGUUCCGUCAGCCCCGCCUCCUCCACCACCACCACCUCCAAUGUUUUGGGAGAUCCCUCAAUCUUCCUCUCUUCUCAACAAGGAAUCAAAUCUAGGUCCACCGGUACUUGCAGUGCCAUCGAGACCGAUACUUUCACAGAACAUAGCUCAUAUGUCAGCAGGGGAGCAAUCAAACACCAUUGGAGAUGCAGGGAGAAUGGAAGAAAAUUCAAAGCCGAAACUGAAGGCAUUGCAUUGGGACAAAGUACGGACGAGCUCCGAUCGAGCCAUGGUGUGGGAUCAGAUCAAAUCGAGUUCUUUUCAGUUGAAUGAGGAAAUGAUCGAAUCACUUUUUAUGGUGAAUAACAAUAAUUCAAAUCUGAUGAGCAAAGAAAGUGGUAGUGUUCGUCAAAACAUGGCUUUAGGGAGCCAAGAGAAUCGAGUUCUUGAUCCUAAGAAGUCUCAGAAUAUUGCAAUUUUGUUGAGAGCACUUAAUGUUACCAUUGAAGAAGUCUCAGAGGCCCUUUUGGAAGGGAAUUCAGACACUUUGUGUACCGAACUGCUCGAAAGUUUACUAAAAAUGGCGCCAACCGAAGAAGAAGAACGUAAUUUGAAAGAAUACAAAGAUGAUUCACCUUUUAAACUUGGUCCAGCUGAGAAAUUCCUCAAGGUAGUUCUUGAUGUACCCUUUGCAUUCAAAAGGGUGGAUGCAAUGCUGUACAUUGCCAAUUUCGAUUCCGAGGUCGAGUACCUUGAUCGGUCAUUUGAAACUCUUGAGGCUGCUUGUAUAGAAUUGAAGAACAGCAGAAUGUUUCUCAAACUUCUUGAAGCAGUGCUCAAAACCGGGAAUCGGAUGAAUGUAGGCACGAACCGAGGCGAUGCUCUUGCUUUUAAACUCGACACCCUUCUCAAGCUUGUCGAUAUCAAGGGCACUGAUGGAAAGACCACUCUCUUGCAUUUCGUAGUGCAGGAGAUUAUUAGAGCUGAAGGUUAUCGACACUCCAUCUCCGACCACAAUCUGACAGCUGAUAAAACUCAACAAUCUUCCUUAACAAAUGAUGUUGAGUUUCGAAAGCUUGGUCUUCAAGUUGUUUCGGGUCUUAGCAGGGAGCUAUCCAAUGUGAAAAAAGCUGCAUUAAUGGAUGCAGAUGUGCUUAGCAACGACGUAGGGAAACUUGCUGGAGGGAUCACAAAAAUCACUGAGGUCAUUCGAUUAAACGAAGACAUGUCAAAAGGAGGGAGUAGGUCAAAUUUCUCGGACUCCAUGAACAGGUUCUUGGGGAAGGCAGCUGAAGAAGUAGCAAGGAUACAAGUCCAAGAGGGCAUUGUCCUCUCCAUGGUAAAGGAAAUAACCGAAUACUUCCAUGGAAACUUAGCAAAAGAAGAAGCUCGGCCGCUGCGUAUUUUCAUGGUGGUAAAGGAUUUUCUUGCAAUCUUAGAUCAGGUAUGCAAAGAAGUUGGAAGAAUCAAUGAAAGAACAAUAGUCGGUUCGGCUCGUCAAUUUACGGGCCCUUCAAAUCCAUGUCUUCCAUCAAUUUUUCCCGGAUUAUGUGAAAGUCAGCGAUAUGGUUCGUCGGAUGAUGAUAGCUCAUCUUCCUCAUCUUAGGACCUCUUUGGUUUUGGAUUAUAUAUGUAGUUUCCAAAAGAUGGAUGUUUACAAGUUGGCAUGAAACUGCUUUGGUAUUUUGGUUCAUUAGUUUUUGCUUGUAAAUAUGUUCAUAUCAAAGCAGUUUUAAAAAAGACAUGAAAGUUUCAUCCCAUCUGUUUUUAGCCAUGGAAA